UGUAGUCCAAAAUACACAGUCAGUUCUUUAAAACCUUGACAAGCCCAAUAAAUCUUGUGCGCAGAACCAGGCAGUGGCAGAGCCAUAUACAGAAUUUCCUCGCAGACGAUAGUUUAUGAACAACACACACUCUGCUGCAGCUUGACACCUGUCUUUUACAAUCAUCUUCAAACACGUCAACAACGUGAACGACGUGGAGACACCUCGCAGUCGUAUCGAGUUGCAAGUUUCAAGACCAACUGACCAGCCUUCAGCGAUCAAUGAAGAAAUGCGUGCAAGAAUGUGCAGGGCAGGCUGGCGACGGAUCAUAUCGCUUCGCAGACUUGUAAACACGGGGUCCUUUUAAACUCUAACAAAGUUUCCUCUUCAGUUUGUUUUCCGGAAUGAGUGGCUGAGCGUCUGACAGCCCUCGGUAACCUGUGAAGGGCACACAUGGCCCACAACCAUCAGAGCCCUCUGCCUGUGGCCAAGGCCACCGUGCUGGCCCUGCCACCCUCCAGCCAAGCUAAGGACUUGAGGCCCAGAUGGACAGUGCUGGACUCCCUGCUGUGUGGGGCAUUUGCUGGAGCUGUAGCCAAAACAGUCAUUGCGCCUCUGGAUCGGACCAAGAUCAUUUUCCAAGUGUCCUCCAAAAGAUUCUCAGCUAAGGAGGCCUUCAGGCUCAUCUACUGUACGUACAAGAAGGAGGGGCUUCUGGGUCUGUGGAGAGGGAACUCUGCCACCAUGGUGAGGGUCAUACCCUACGCUGCCCUCCAGUUCUGCUCACAUGACCAGUACAAAAAACUGUUGGGGAACUACUACGGCUACCAGGGCAAAGCUCUGCCUCCGUUCCCACGCUUCCUGGCCGGCUCUCUGGCCGGCACCACUGCUGCGAUGCUUACCUACCCUCUGGACAUGGCGCGAGCCAGGAUGGCAGUCACAGCCAAAGAAAUGUACAGCAACAUUAUGCACGUCUUUGUGCGGAUCUCCCAAGAGGAGGGUGUCCGGACCCUUUACAGAGGCUUCACUCCCACUAUCAUGGGUGUCAUCCCAUAUGCAGGGAUCACAUUCUUCACAUAUGAGACCCUCAAGAAGCUACACACAGAAAAAACGAAGCGACCCCAGCCGUACCCCCAUGAGCGCUUGGCAUUUGGUGCCUGCGCAGGCCUGAUUGGCCAAUCUGCCUCCUAUCCCCUGGACGUGGUACGUCGACGCAUGCAGACCGCCGGCGUCACCGGCUCAUCGUACGGCACAAUUCUGGGGACCAUGCGUGAGAUUGUAACGCAGGAGGGCUUUGUGCGGGGACUAUACAAGGGCCUGAGCAUGAACUGGAUUAAAGGGCCCAUUGCUGUGGGGAUAAGCCUCACCACAUUUGACAUCUCGCACAGCCUUCUGCGCAAAUUGCAUCAGAUGGGCUACUCCGCUCACUGAAUCAUUUGGGAGUGACAGGAGGAAACAAAGAAGCACAGACUGACGUGAGGUAGAUCACUUGUUUCACAUGGCAAUUCUAA